AUGUUGACCAGAAAGUUGCUUUCAAAUACAUUGAGAGCUGCAUUGCAGCUUCAAACAAAGAGUUCAUCAUCGAUGACUCGUUGUUAUUCUACAUCAUUCAGCAGAUCUACGUUGUUCAACAACACUGCUCAAUAUAUUCGCAUUGCAUCUUUAAACAACAUACAGUACAACAAUGGAAGCAGCAUGCGACUCUACUCUAGCUCACAUACAAAGGCACCAAAGGACGAAGAAGACGAUAAAGAAGUUACAAAGAAGACUUCAACAAAGGAGACCGAGACCGAGACUGUGGUCGAGAUCGAAGAGGAGUCGCUCGAUGACGACAAGGAGCUCGAGCAGAAGAAGCUGAAGAUCAAGCAGGAGCUGGAGCGUCGUGUACAAGAGGCGCACAACAAGAGACAGGCCGCCGCCGCAGCGGCAACCGCCACAACCACAUCUGGAGAGACACAACAGGAGCAGCAGAAGCAGCAGGCAGGCGAGCAGGACAAGGCGUCGGGACAGGAGCAGCAGGAUGGACAGCAGCGCGCAGUCGAUCAGGCUGUCGUGUACGACCAUGUGGAGCAGACCAGAAUGAUCUACCGCAUCUUUGGCUUCAGUGUCACUGCAUUGAUCGGCUUAACUCUGUACAAGGUGUACGAGGAUGGUAUCUCAUUCCUCAAGCCACAAUUUGACCCAAUGAGGAUCAUCACCGACGCCUACCAAGACCAUCACACAUUGUUCGAGACUGGCUCAGACGAGUUCAACGCCAUGUGUCCACCAAACACUGUCAUGAGCGAUAGUAGACUUAUCACAUUUAGAAUCCCAAGCGAAGACAUUAUGACUUUGGUUAUUCCAAUCAUUCAGAAGUCUUCAAGGUCGUUGGUGGCCACUGGUAACAUCGAUCUCCUUAAGGAGGGCAACGUGUUCAGAGUGAGCAACCUGUACAUCGACGUGGUCAAUGGUCUCCACUUCAACAUUGACAUUCCCAACAUCAAGUACGACAUCACCAGCGAGAAGUAC